AUGUCCACCAUUGUCGGGCAUUUCCCCCCCAACGCAGGAGGCGAAGCAUCGCCUUCAUCUAUGGCAAGUCGCUCCAUGGAGUCCCGCACCGGCAGGACGAAGCAGCGCUACGGCGACAGCGGCGAGCGACUGGUCGCAGGCGUUGUGCCUCUCAAUGCCGCAAAAACACAUGUCCUCCUAAUCCAAUCCACCCGGAGAAAUGGAUGGGUCCUCCCCAAAGGCGGUUGGGAAUCUGACGAGACCUGCACCGAGGCCGCCCAACGCGAGGCGUGGGAGGAGGCCGGAAUCAUCUGCAAAAUCGACUAUGACCUCGGCCAGAUCACCGAGUCACGGACCCCUAAGCAGAUAUCAAAAGACUCCCCAAGGGCAGUCUAUCAAUUCUAUCAAGCUACGGUCACUACGGAGCAUCAGGAAUGGCCCGAGAAGGAGUCGAGGAGUCGACAGUGGGCUACGUACGCUGAGGCGGAGAAAGCGAUGACUGGUCGUCCGGAACUAAUCGAAGCUCUCAAACGUUCCACCUUGCAGCGGUAG